ACUCGAUUUGAGGAAGUAAUGAAAAAAGAUCAAACAAAUCAAGUGUUGGGAUCACACGUUGUGUCUAGUACCUUUCUUAUUCUCAAACCAAACCAUCUGAGUUUUGAAACUGAAAAAUGGUUUCCCACCUUACUUUGAUUAUAUCACUGGUUGGUCUGUUGUAUCUUUGCCACUUUCAUGUCGAAGCGAAUUCUCGACCAUUUCAAAAGAAAUCAUGUUGGAUGUGUGAUGCACCGCGAUGCGACAAGUGCGUAACAAGUCAGUGGACCACAUGGAACCAGUGUUCAGCUCCGUGUGGGUUAAACGGCUAUCAGUCAAGAAAUAGGGUCGUGCAUCAGCCGUCGUCAUGUGGUGCUGGAUCGUGUCAGAAUUUAAUAGCAAAGGAGUGGCGACCAUGCAACCGUUGGUGUCAAAAUGGCGGGACCCCCGCUCGAUGGGGCUGCCAGUGUCCGCUUAACUACAUCGGUGACUGUUGCGAAACAGCAUACCUCGGAUGGAGCAAGUGGGGAGACUGGUACCCAUGUAGUAAGACUUGUGGUGGUCCUGGUGUCCAAAAACGCAUGCGUGUGUGUGUUGGGCUCCUGCCGAUCAACUCUACAACUUGUGACAGCGUGUGCCCUGGUUCAAAUAUUGAAACAAGAGCAUGCAAUACUCGUGAUUGUCCAGUUGAGUACAAUUCACUUGGUUGUUUUAAAGACGGUACUCCCCACGCCCUCCCGUUGCUACUAAAAAGCUUCCGAAACAAUAUCGAUUGGAAUGACAUGACGAAAAUCGUUCGGGCAUGCGCAGAGAUCGCCAAAGAGCGUGGCCUUCCCAUAUUUGGAAUCCAGUUUUACGGCGAAUGUUGGAGUGGACUGGACGCCGAAAACACGUACAAUAAGUACGGACCUUCCGGAAACUGUUGGAAUGGAGUGGGAAAGAAGGGAACCUAUCACGUGUACAAAAUAUGAGUAAAAGUUCCAAUUUUUUUCGAAA